AUGGCUGACAUCACCACUCUCCUCGAUGCGCGCUACGGCUCGAACACUUCAACAAGUGGCGACAGCAUAUCGGAAGCCGCGAACUUGACAAUCAAGACUCUGCUGGAGCACAAGUCAGCGCGUCACUUCCUACCCUCACCCCUAGUACCAGUCACUCUGGAGAUCCUCGUCGCAGCGGCCCAGAGCGCAGCCACGUCGUCCAACCUGCAGACCUGGAGCGUGGUCGCUGUCUCGGACCCGGAGCGCAAAGACGCGCUGGCAACACUCAGCGGCGACCAGGACUUCAUCCGGCAGGCCCCGCUGUUCCUGAUCUUCUGCGCCGAUCUGAACCGCCUCACCAGGGUAUCGCAGCAGCACCAGCAGCCCGCCGAGGGGUUGGAAUACAUCGAGAUGUUCCUCAUGGCUUCGCUGGAUGCUGCACUUGCGGCGCAGAACGCCGCCGUCGCUGCCGAGUCUCUCGGUCUUGGUAUCUGCUACGUGGGUGCUGUCCGCAACCGCGCUGCUGAGCUUGCAAGCCUCCUCCAUCUGCCGUCGCGUGUCGUCGCCCUGUUUGGCAUGGCGGUUGGGAAGCCAGAUUUGACCGCCGGCGAGGAAGUCAAGCCUCGAUUGCCGUUGGACGAAGUGUUGCAUAGGGAAGUGUGGGAUGAUAAUGCCGGCGCACAGGCGGAGCAUGUUCAGGCCUACGACCAGACGUUGGAUAAAUUCAACAACAGCCAAGGUCGCGAAGGAGUCGCACUCUGGAGUCAGCGCUCGGCGCAGAGAGUUUCGACAUUGGAGCGGCUGAGCGGGCGUCAUGUCUUGCGGGACGUUCUACGAGGCCGGGAUUUCAACUUGAAGUAG